AUGACACCUAUUACAACCUCCGCUAUCUCGUUCCUUGCAGGUGUCGCGGUGCUGGGACUUGUUCCAGUCGCCCUUGGUCAUGGCAACGACAUGGAGAUGGACAUGGAGAUGGGCAUGGGUACGGGCAUGAACAUGAGCAUGGGCACGGGCAUGAACACGACCGCAGAUUCAUACCCCCCAACCUACUUCGCUCUUGAAGACCAUAGAGCGGCCAUAUUCGGCCACAUAUCUCUGAUGGUGCUCGCUUGGGUGUUUAUGUUGCCAGCCGCUGUAAUGCUUUCCCUUGCCCGGUCACGAUACACACUGGCCCUUCAAUUCGUCUUCGUUGUGACAAACGCGUCGGGUGUCCUAGUUGGGACGAUAUAUAAUGCGAACACUCCCGACCUAUAUCCGAACAAUGCGCACCACAAGCUAGGCUGGCUCGUCACCUGGGUGGUCCUUGUGCAAAUUGGCAUUGGUCUACUAGGGCGUAUCGCUGGAACGUUGAAGAACAAUGCCGGGCAAUUACAACAUGGCGGCGAGCGGCAGUCAUUCAUCCCAGUUUCGACUGCGGCACUCGAGGAACACGAGCGCAACGACGAGUCGCGUUUCCCAAAGUUCUUCCGUCUCUCAAACGACAGCGGCCAGGGUACAGAGCCGAAUACAGAGUCUCUGAGAAGCCACUCCCUAUCCUCGGGCCCGCCGUCCCCGCAUCCGGAUGCCGGGAAGGAGUAUGAGGACGACCAGGAGGAUGAUGACCUCGAGGCUCGUCUUCCAGCCUCAGCCCGUCGCCGUGGAUUGUACGCGCUCGCGGGCAAGAUUGCAUGCAAGCUUUCGACGCGAACAUGGAAGGUCAUGCUCUUCACCUACAACUUCAUCGACCGCACAAUCCUGAUCCUCGGCUUUAUUGCGCUGUCGACAGGUGUUGUUACAUUCGGCCGAUUCUUCGAGGGCCGAGAAAUCUUCAAUGGCCUUGCGCAUUGGAUCAAGGGCGGUGUUUUCUUCUGGCUCGGAAUCCUCACCCUCGGCCGCUGGGCUGGCUGUUUCGGCGAGCUGGGAUGGGCAUGGAACAUUCGCCCAAGGACAGUUGGACAGAAGUGGAGGCCAUCCUCCGAGUUCGUUGAGAGCGCGCUCAUAUUCAUCUAUGGCUCGACGAAUAUCUUCCUCGAACAUAUCAGCAAUUGGGGUAGCGAAUGGUCUGCACAUGACCUAGAGCACAUAUCGAUCACCGUGUUGUUUAUCGGUGGUGGUCUUUGUGGCAUGCUGAUCGAGUCUACCCGCAUCCGAGACCUCCUCAACACCACGGUCACCGAGGCCACUCAUUCUUAUCCCGAGCAUGCAUAUUCCGACGAGGAGCGCGACGAGCUGCUUCCUCCGAGGCAGUAUUCUUUUUCCAUGAACCCCAUCCCAGCUUUGGUGAUCCUAUUGCUGGGCAUCAUGAUGGGCUCCCAUACCCAGGGGAGCAUGAUCUCCUCCAUGGUUCACAAGCAAUGGGGUGACCUCUUCGCGGGCGCUUCGCUCGCUCGAGGACUCACCUACGUGAUCAUGUAUCUCAAGCCGCCACAAUCCAUCCUGCCUUCGCGCCCACCGACAGAGCUUCUCACCGCAUUCGGUCUGAUUACGGGCGGCAUCAUUUUCAUGGCAAGCAGCGCCGACACCAUCAGGGGAAUGAUCCACUACCGUCUGGACGCCAUGUUCAUGUAUACCGUCACCAUGGGUCUUGUCGGGCUCUUGAUGGCCUGGGUCAUCGUCUGCAUUGCGCUCAAGGGCUGGGCUCUUCGCAAGGAAGCAGCCCAAGACAAGCAGAGGGUAAUCCUCUCCUCGGACACCGGACACUUCUCUCUCAUCCGGGCAUUACACCUUGCAGAUCUGAUCACAGAGCUGAAUGGUCUCUGCGGCAUUAUGUCCAUUUUCUCGUCGAUGCGCUACCUCUUGGACGGCGAUUCCUCGCUUGGAAACCUCUACGCAGCACUUGGGUUGCUUCCUCUCGGGCUCUUUUUUGACUUCAUGGACGGCAAGGUCGCGCGCUGGCGUAAGAAGAGCAGCAUGAUGGGACAAGAGCUGGACUCGCUGGCAGAUCUGAUCUCAUUCGGCGUCUCCCCCGCCGUGGUAGCGUUCGCCAUCGGACUACGGACGCCGGUCGACCACCUGUGCCUCGCAUUCUUCGUGCUGUGCGGGCUGACGCGGCUGGCCCGAUUCAACGUGACGGUUGCCUCGAUACCCAAGGAUGGCACGGGCAAGUCCCAAUACUUUGAGGGCACCCCAAUCCCGACGACGCUGGCGCUCGACAUGCUGAUGGGGUGGUGGGCCUGGUCCGGACAGAUUCACGACGCCAUACCCGGAGGGGUCGUGUUUGCUGGCUCGGCGUUCGAGCUACACCCCGUCGUGCUGCUGUUUGUGCUUCAUGGAUGUGCGAUGACGAGCAGGACGAUUCACAUCCCGAAGCCCUGA